AUAUAUGUACUCGUGUUUUCUUUCCCACGCAGCACUCUCAAGCAAAACCCUAGGAGCUCCCCGUUGCUUGCUGAGUCGCAGCCUGUGCCGCUCGAUAUCUCUGUUGUCUAUUGCGGUACGUAUGAACGGAAACCAAACUUUAUCUUCUUCGUCGGAGAUCCGAUUUCUUUGGUUUGAUCCUUUGAGAUUUCGCUGCUGGCUCUUGUGUAGAUUGCUUCUGCUUGCCUUUCGUUUCAGUUGGAACUACCUUUUUUACUGAUUUUGUUCGAGUUUUACUCUUGUGUGUUGAGCUUGGACUCCUUUUGGUUUCGGAUAUUGGAAAUGAUGGAAGCCCCAAAUGGGUUUGAGUGGAAGACUGGUUUUGCUUGUUCUUGGUGCGAGUAGUUUUGGUAUUUAGACUAGAGUAAGCGUCACACAAUCUUUUUACCUUUCUGAUUGGCACAUGUUUGAUUCCUUAAUUGGAGAAAUUCCUAGAUUCGUGGUUUUCCCAUGAGUCUCUGAGCUGCUUGAAUGGGGAUGUAGAAAACUGAAUUUGGUGUGACUGACUGAUUGAUUUCUCGGUUUGAAGUUGAUGCUUGACUGCCUGCUAUCUAGUUUUGGUUUUCGUAUUGCUUAUGACUGGGGGUAUUUGUUGACCUGACCCUUUGCUCUUCACUGCAUUGUCUUUAGCAGCAAGGAUGGUGAGAGUUAGCGUGUUGAACGAUGCUCUGAAGAGCAUGUACAAUGCAGAGAAGCGGGGGAAGCGCCAAGUCAUGAUCAGGCCGUCCUCGAAAGUGAUCAUCAAGUUUCUCAUUGUCAUGCAAAAGCAUGGAUACAUCGGUGAAUUUGAAUACGUUGACGAUCACAGGGCCGGUAAAAUUGUUGUGGAGUUGAAUGGCAGGCUGAACAAAUGUGGUGUCAUCAGUCCAAGAUUUGACGUCGGAGUCAAGGAGAUUGAAGGCUGGACUGCUAGGUUGCUUCCUUCUAGACAGUUCGGAUUCAUUGUGCUGACAACUUCUGCUGGCAUUAUGGACCACGAAGAGGCAAGAAGGAAGAAUGUUGGUGGCAAGGUUCUCGGUUUCUUCUACUAAGCUUGGUUUGCUGGCUUUAGAUUCAUACAUGUGACGGGUUGAGUUGAAAUUUUUGGAGGUGAAUUUGAAUGUAGAAUCCUUGUACUGGUUUAGGCUUUUUCUCAAGUUAUUGGUUGUGGCUGGAGUGGGAGAGAUCCAUCUCCUCCACUAAGUCGAAAGGACAGCCUAUGUUUGUGCUUGACAUUUAUCUGAAUGUUUAUGCUUUGUUAUUACUACAUGUUCAUGAGUUGAAGUUUCAAUCUUGUUCUGGAUUUAUGCUCCCAGUGUGACAGCUCCUUACCUUCUGAGGAUUUUUGUUGAGCUUUAUUCGUUAUUCUGUGCUUUGGAUCAAAACGGUAGGGAUUUACUGUUAAUGAAUUGGUAAAUGACUCCGUUUGGCCAUCAUUUGAACAGUUGAAUGCAUUACUUUUACAAUACCUCGUAACACUGUUAUGUCAUGAAUGGUACAAACUUAGUUCGUAGCAUCGUGAUUUUGUUGAAAAAAGAACUUUUAUGUUCUAUAUUUUUCGUACAUUUAUGAUACAAAUUAAACUUAUAUCUUUGACGUUAUACUACAAAGUUUUUUCAUACAAAUUCAUUUAUGAUAUAAAAUAAAAGUGAACUUUUAAUUUUAUAUUAUAAGUUUCAGUUCAGUUUCUACCUAUAUAUUUUCUUACAAAAUCUUGUAUGGGGCAAAGUAAACUUGUAUCUUUAAUUUUUUAUACAAAUUUAACUUGUGAAAGCACUAACAUUUUGAAGAGUAGUAGAUGCAUAUUUUCAAACUAUGGAGUUGUUUGUUUCAUGGUUUUAGUUGAUGGAUUUGUCACCUAAGUUCUAAGCAUGAUAGGUAUUUUUUGCAUUCUGAAGGAUCGACGGCUGGUUUGAUCUGCAACUAUGGGCUGUUUAGCUGGUUCAAGCCGAAUUGGAAGCAGAAAAAAAAUGGGUAAAUGCCACAUUUGGUCACUGAGAUUACUAAAUCGUGUCAUGUUUAGUCACUAGAAAAAUUUAAUAUCAGUUUUGCUCACUCGAAUUACUGAAAUAUGUCACAUUUAGUCACUCUUCUGUUAGUCUCCGUCCAACUCUGAUCACUCGAAUUACUGAAACAUGUCACAUUUAGUCACUCGAAUUACUGAAACAUGUCACAUUUAGUCACUCUCCCGUUAGUUUCCGUAAUGGAGUUGGACGGAAAACUAAGAGGGAAACUAACAGGAGAGUGACUAAAUGUGACAUAUUCCG